AUGGCCAAACCGAAAAAUACCCUUCUGACGAAGGCAAACAUGGUUACAUCGCAUCUGUUAACAGUUAAAGAUGGCAGUCAUUCUGAGGAGAUUGAGAAACUAUCUGAAGAGGUUGCCAAACUGAACAGGACUGCACUAACAGUCAGCAGUCGUUCUGAGGAAAUUGCGAAGAUAUCUGGAGAGAUUUCCCGACUGAAGGAGACUGCGGGUUAUUUCGCGUUGAAAGGAACCUGCUACAAGAUCUUCAAGAUACCGAAGACAUUCAGCAAGGCGACUAGGAUCUGUGGCCAAGAUGGCGGCACCCUCGCCAUGCCCCGAGACGCUGAGACAAACGACUUGCUGCUCAACUCUCACCAAACCCGUUCCAUUAAAUGGAUCGGCCUGCAUGAUCAGCGUGAGGAAGGGGAGUUUGAGUGGGUGGAUGGUUCUGCGCUUGGAAAGUACAAAAUACCAUUCAGAGCAGACGACUGGCCCUUGCCGGUCAUGUGGUACGCCACGAAGAGAUGGCUGCCAAAGUGCUUCUCUGGCAACCGGAUGUAA